AGAUAACUCUGUAUCCAGACUUUACUUGAUUACGGUACUUUUUUCACCCUACACCGUCUCCAUUACUCCACGAUGCCGAGCAAUUUUGCGAAAAAGCAAAGUAAGCGAAUGAAAGCGAGACUUCGCUAUAAAAUCACUAAAAAGGUCAAAGAACACAAACGAAAGAUAAAGAAAGAGGCCAAAAAGAAUCCAAUAAAACACAGAAAGAAAAAGAAAGAUAUAGGAAUUCCUAACAGUCUGCCUUUCAAAGAAACGGUUCUGAAACAAGCUGUGGAAUGGAGGGAACAGAUGCGAGUUGCCAAAGAAGAGAAAAGACAGGCGGAACGAGAACAACUUGUAAAUAAAGCAAGAAAUCUUCCAGAAAUUUCUGCCAAAGUCAAGCAGAAUCCACAAGAAGUAGUUUACAGGCCGCAAGGUCUGUCUGAAGUCUACAAAAUUUUAGCAGAUCGUGAAUAUAAAGAGCCAAAAAGAUCUGUUGAAAAUUCUUUGAAAUGUUACUAUAAAGAAUUCAAGAAGGUGAUUGACCAAGCUGAUGUAAUUCUGGAAGUUUUAGAUGCUCGCGACCCACUUGGUACCCGCUGUAAAGAAGUUGAAGAAGCCGUCAUCAGUUCUGGUCUCAACAAAAAGAUUGUUUUAGUUCUUAACAAAAUUGAUCUUGUUCCACGUGUAAAUAUCGAAGCUUGGUUAAAAUAUCUGAAAAACGAAUUCCCUACUGUUCCCUUUAAAUCUUCUGUACAGAAACAAAAAUCAAAGUUGGGCCAUGUAAAGAAAUAUUCCAUGUGGAAAGGAUUGGAGAACAAGACGUCCAAUUGUCUUGGAGCUGAUCUCUUGAUGAAGCUGCUUGCUAAUUAUUGCCGCAGUGAAGGUCUAAAAGUAGCCAUCAGAGUUGGUGUUGUAGGUCUACCCAACACUGGUAAAAGCAGUAUUAUUAACAGCCUUAAACGAAAUCGGGCAUGCAGAGUUGGUGAUGUCCCUGGAAUUACAAAAUCAAUGCAAGUAAUAAGCUUAACAAAGAAUAUCAAACUCUUGGAUAGUCCUGGUGUUGUCAUGUCCGAUAAUCCCUCGGGUACUUCUCUGAUCCUGAAAAACUGUGUCAAGGUUUCUGAAAUUGAUGAUCCUUCAACAGCAGUAGAGACAAUCCUGAAACGAUGUAACAAAGAACAGAUCAUGAUACACUACAAGAUUCCAAAAUAUAAUGAUACUAUGGAAUUCCUUGCUAUUCUUGCACGAAAAUGGGGCUAUUUCAAGAAAGGUGGUUCUCCAGAUAUCAACAAAUCUGCCAAAGUUAUUCUACAACAUUGGAACAGUGGUCGCAUCAGCUAUUAUACCGAGCCACCCGAAAACGUUACUGCGCAUGUCAGUGCAGAAAUUGUUAGCGAAAUGGGGAAGUCCUUUGACUUGGAUGCCAUUAAAGAUGAAGAAAUUCAGAUAUUAAAUCAUUCUAAACCUAUGAGUAGCAGCUUCAUCCCCGUCCCAGGAUCGCAGCCAGUUACGUGUGUCAUGGACAAGAAAGUUGCUAAGUCCAUUGCAAGACAACAACUUCUUGGAAUAGAAGAAUCUAAUGAAGAAGAAGUGGAAAGCAUGGAUGAAAAUGAAGCCCCAGAAGCAACUGAGUUGCAAAACACUAAGAUAUGCUUAAGUGGAUCGCAAGCCACAUCAACAACCAGUUUAGCCUCAUCGACAUCAUCCAGUCAGAGCAGGAAAAAUAAGGAUGGACCCCAUGUAGAACAGAAGAAUAAAAGUCGCAAAGAAGACUUCAAGAAAAUGAAGAAACUGAGAAAGAAGUCAGAAAAGUUGGCUUCUAACUUGUCUGACACCAUGGAUAGUUUGUUGACUUUUGAUACAGAGGAAAACAACGGUGAUGCUGAAUGUAUGGACUCUGGAUCAGACUAUGAAUUUGACAAACAUUUCUGAAGAAAAGGCUUGGCAGUGUUUCUGUAUAAAGGCAAAAUAAACCAUGAAAUUUUUAA